AUGGCCUCCGCACUCCCGACCAUUCCUCGCUAUGUCUUCUGCAUCAUCGAACCCGUGGCGCUCAUCCUUGCGUUCACAACAACAUCGUUCUCGUCUGCAUACUAUGUCUCCGGACAAUCUAAGCUCACGUCACCACUAAGCCUCACUCCAUCUGAGACAAUUCUCACCUAUCAGAUGAGCAACCUCUUUCUUUUGAUCGCUAUCAUCGAGCUUUACGUAUUUCACUCGACCAAAGACAUCAAGGUGGCCCACGCAUUGUUAACAGCACUAUGGUGGGGUGAUAUGGGACACUUGGGUGUUACAACAUGGUGCAUGGGUUGGGAAACGCUACAGAAUGUUGGAGAAUGGAGCUUGGUGAACUGGGGGAAUCUUGCCGUUCCCCUAUUCUUGUUCGCCAUGAGAUCGUUUUAUCUCUUCGGCAUAUUCAAAACAGAAGGAAAGGCUAAGAGGGAGAAGCAUUCUUAG